CUUUCCGGAAAUACAUAACAAGAUGGCAUCACAGGUUGGCGGAGAGCAAGGGAGCUCCAAAGAUCAGAUCGUGGAAGUAGGAACUUUAUUGUUAACCGAUUUCAUCUACGAGCGGGUUCAGCGACACGGAGGUGGUGAUGCUUUACUGACGAGAGAACAGCUGGGUGCACCGGAGCUGUGUGACCCAAACCACAAGAAGCUGGCUCAGUGUCUGCAACAGAUUGGAGAUGAGCUGGAUGGAAACAUGGAGCUACAAAGGAUGAUAAAUGACUCCUCACUUAUCCCUUCAAAGGAUGUUUUUUGGAAAGUUGCAUUGGAGAUCUUUUCAGAUGGAAAAUUCAACUGGGGCCGAGUGGUCGCACUGUUUUACUUUGCCUGUCGACUCGUCAUCAAAGCUCUUAUUGUCAAAAUUCCUGAUAUCAUCAGAACUAUAAUCAGCUGGACGAUGGACUACCUGCGGGAAAAUGUGAUCAACUGGAUAAGAGAUCAAGGUGGUUGGGAAGGUAUCCGUUCCCAUUUUGGUACUCCUACAUGGCAGACGGUGGGAGUUUUCCUGGCUGGUGUUCUGACCACCGUUAUCGUCAUACGCAAGAUGUGAGAGACGUUCAGAAAGCAGAGGGAAGAAAAAUGAAAAGAGCUAAAAUGAAGAGAACAGGAGCAAGAAAAAAGACGACAGGGUCAACAGGAAGCUGAUACGGCAGAGUGAUCAAGAGGAACUCGUAUUUGGAGCCCUGCUCUUCGUCUCCCACUCGAGUGACAUUAGGAGUUGGACUGGAAGUGCUGUUCACUGUUGAUGGAGUGAGCCGUGCAUGAUUACAUGCACAAGUCAAAGGGAACGUGAGGAUGUCAGUCAUGUAAAAAAAAAAAGAAGUUUUAUGUAAUUUAUUUUUUUAUUUGGUACAAAGUCACUGCACUCUUUUCUGCCAUAAAACAGAAUCUUGACAAAAAAAAAGACAUUGAAGAGGUUCUUGUUUCAGUUGUAGUUGUUUUUCAAAUCUUCCCAGUCCGUCAUCAUUACGUCUGUAUGCUAUCAGAUUUAUAUCCAUAUAUAUUUGAGUCAUCGCUGAUUGAAACCCUUUAAAAUUUAAUUACUGUGAACAUUUGGUGAUGUUUUCCAACCAUUAGAGCACUUCAUAAAGAUGUAAAAACAGCACUUAUCUACGUUAAAACUGAUGCAUUUUCCAACAAAGAACUUUUAUUUUAGGGGAUAACAAAAGUGCCGUACCAGAGUUUUGUUUACAUGAACCUUAAUAAAAUGUCAACAGGUUAAAUCAGUUUUUUUCUAUAAACACAAUCAAUUGCUGUUUU